CUUGUAAGUAAAGCAAAAAUAUUGAAUCACAUCAAUCCUUCAAAACAUAUGUUUAUGUUUUUUUAAAGUUUGAUGAGCAUACCAGAGCCAAGAGUGGGGCAUAUUAGCUUUACAUAUAAGAAUUUAGCUGGUGUUUGGGGUGGGUAUCAUGAUCAUAUAGGUAAUGAUAGCAGAGAAACCAGUGAAACCAGUUACUCUUCAGCAAAAGAUUUAUGGCUUUAUGAUACAGACUUAGAGAAAUGGAAUUUAAAAACAACCGUUUUUGAUGAUGAAAUCAACAGGAUAUUUGGUGUUUCUGGUGCCCUAUCUCAUCUUCAUAAUGAUACAUUAUUUAUAUUUGCUGGAUGUAGUUCUAGUUCUAGGACAAACCACUUGUUUGCACUAAACCUAAUUGAUUUGACUUGGAAAAGAAUUGAAACCGAUGUUCUCAGCUGGUCACCUACCCCAAGAGACAAAUUGGUUGGGUGGAUAUAUGGAGAAAAAUUGUAUUUCUUUGGAGGUUACGGACCUUAUCCAGAGCCUAACACUAUGCAAAACUAUCUUGGUUCAUUCAUCCAAGACUCUAACAAUAUGAGCAAUGGUUGGAAUAACGAUACUUUCGCAUUCGACAUUCGGAUAAAGAGUUGGCUACCUUUAUUUCCCAAGGGCAAUAUAUUGAGCCCCAGGGCUGCUCACGCAAGCGCACAAAUCAAACACCGGGUUUUUGUUUUUGGCGGGAGAACCAGUAAUUCCAGGAUGUCCGAUUUGCACUGUUUUGAUUGUAUUUCCGAAUCUUGGAGUGGCGAUUUAUCCCAAAACGGUAACCAUAAACCAAUCGGUCGCUCCUGGCACUCCCUGACAGCCGUCAGUCAAACUCAUAUAUUCUUAUACGGCGGAUUUACUACCGAGGGAGAUGUAUUAAAUGAUGGUUGGUUGUUAGAUGUAGAUCUAUUAGUAUGGAUUCAAGUCGAUAUCACUUUUGCCGGCCCGCGCCUAUGGCAUUCUUCUACCCUCACGCAACACGGGGAAGUGUUCAUUUUCGGAGGUUCAUUGGUCAAUGUACUCCAGAGACAGCAAACGCGCCAAAGUAACGAAAUAUUGAUAUUCCGGCCUUCGCCCAAAUCUCUUAUCAGGCAAUGUUUGGACAAGUUUCUGAAAGAUGAAGUAUUGGCUAGGAAUAGUUUGAGAUUUUUGCCACCUCAACUAGCUCAUAUCGUCAAAAGUGGAAUGGAAGGUGGCUGAAGAAACUUCAUUAAAUUAUAUUUUUAAAUUAUAUCUUAUUCCCCCCCCCCCUUGAUUUUUUUAAAAAAAAAUCAUCUAUACCUUUAUUAUUUUUGUAUAUUUAUUCUUCGCAUACUACAUUAUAUUAUAGUUAUGUAAU